GCAGAGACGGGAAGGACGGCAAAGACGGUAAAGAUGGAAGAGAUGGUAGAGAUGGAAGAGAGGGUCCCGCGGAACCCCGAGGAAUUGCGGGACCACGAAGUAUGACCAGUCUCUCCCCGGAGAAGAUGAGUUUCAAAUGUGCGAUGGAAAAGUAGCCAAAAGUCAAUAUGACGCUUACCAUUCCUCAAACAUUCCUGAACACAUUUCUCAUUAAUUUCUUUUCGAGUUUUCAGUCCACUCUGAUUAUUCUCUCUUCUCUCUGGUCAGAACAUGAUGUGCUUUUUGUAGCGAUCAAAAACUCGACAUAAUACAGACUGUUAUGUUUUCUGUUUAUUUCCGCGGUCCUCGACCGACUUAAAAGAUCAAUUAUUUUCGUGCUUUUGUUGCAGCUUCUCCUUCUUAGAUAUAGAUCUGGUAGAUGUUUUAAAUGUUAGUGCUUUAUUGGUGACACGGACAAGACCUAGAAUGAACAUGAUGCAAACCGCUGAUCAUGAUAAGGAAAUGCAAAUUGCAACUCAAAACUGAUUUUAAAGAUUAACCUUGCUUCUCUCCCUCCAUACGAAAACUUAUCCACUAUAAUUCUUUUUAAACAGGACAGAUUGGUAAAACAGGAAGUGUUGGCCCUCAGGGUCCCCCCCGGACAACCAGGAGAUAAGGGAAAGGGACUGUCUGGGGUGAAAUACGUUCGCUGGGGAAGAACCAACUGCUCUGGAGAUGCAACAGUGGUGUACAAUGGUACUAGGAGGAAAUUUUAUUUGUCUUCUGAAUUAUUGGAUUGACCAAUUGAACUUACUGUUAGAGUUAUAUAUCAGAGGAAUGCAGCUUGCGCGAGUUGUUAACGCGUCUUAGUCCCGUUCGGACCACAAUCAGACCUUGUUUCUCGAUUAUCCUACAUUGUUUAAAAUCCUCGAACAGUCCUGAAGAAACGUCAGCUUUUCAAUCCUCCUACAAUGGCCAAUCUGCGUUGAAAAAAAUAAUAAUGAUGAUGAUGUUAAAACAAAGCAAAAAUCUUUAUUAACAUAUGAUCAAUUUAUGAUUUACAUUCCACUAUCAUAGACUAAAAUUUUGAUGAAAUAAAAAAUUAAAAGAUCCUAAAACAUUAAUUUACAAGCUCACGCCAUUAUCGACUUUCCAAAAUUAGCGGACACACGCUUGCCUAUCUUUUAAGCGGCAGUCAAAACUAAUUAAUCUUUGUAUUUCACUCCUUCUUCGACGCAACACCACACAGUUUCUUAAGAAACUAACCCUUUCGUUCAUCAGUGCUUACUUGAAAAUAGCCAUCUUUUUGCCUCCUGCCAGUUGGGUUUUUUGACCCUGUAAAAUUCUAUUUGCGGCGCUAUUUGUUUCUUGUCAUGGAGAAUCUAGCAGCACUUACAUACAUACAUACAUACAUACAUAUAUACAUAUCCUUUAUUUAAACACGAUAAGUGUGAUUUAAAGCUCAAAGCUUGUGGGGUCGUGUAAAAAUAAUUACAAAUGGAUAAAACUAUGUAAAAAAAAAGAAUAACAUUACUUACAAAAUACAACUACAAUAAAAGUUACCUCUAAGUAAAUUUUCACCAUAAACAGAGAGCUGUAAGCUUUUUACCUUUAUAUUAUCAGCAUUAUUACAAAGUAAAACACAGCACAUCAAUAGUAGAACAAAAGCGCUAAACAAAUUCGUUUUUGAGGGCGUUUUCACCCUGGCUGCUAUUUUAAGGCCUCUAGCAAUAUUUCGAACGUGGUAGCUGCAUGGUGGGGGAAGCAUUUCAUUCUCACUGUGUAGGCAUGAUUUUCUUUUACAUUUCUUCCUUAAACGUCAAAGUUGAAUGAUAGAAGGGGCGGCAGUUAGUGAGGGGGGGAGCAGUAUUCCCAACAAUUAACAUUGUGUAGCUACGAAUGGUUAACUCGUAAUCGAACCUAAUUAUCGCCGAGCUGAAGAUAUAUAUUCGCGGUUACAUAAUUUGAUUUACUGUAGGUGUGAAAGAAAUCAUUUUAAAGAACAAAAAGUUUAAAAUAACUUCUCUUUCCUUAAGGUAUAAUGGGUGGCGAACGUUACACUCACACUGGAGGUGGAGUGAACUAUCUUUGCCUUCCACACAAUCCAAAGUACGACAGAUACAGCGACGGUAAUCAAGACCAAGGAUAUAUUUACGGCACCGAGUUUGAAGUUAGUUCCUACAGUGGGUAUCCUUUCAGACGAAAUCUCCAUGAUCAUGAGGCGCCUUGUGUUGUCUGCUAUGUCAAAUCACGUGGUUCAAUGCUGAUGAUGCCCGCACGAAAUGACUGUCCAUCUGGAUGGACCGAGGAGUAUCAUGGGUAUCUAAUGACUUCAUAUCACGGUCACAAAAACCAAAAAGACUUCGUCUAUGUUGACAAAGACCCUGAGCUUGUUCCUGGGAGCCAGGAUAACAAGAAUGGUGCCUUACUGUAC